UAUUCUAGCAAACAUGCCUUCACUGCUGGCGCUGCGGCACAUCAUGGAUGACGGCAGUGACGAGUACAAGAUCAUCAUGCUUAAUAAGAGGUUCCUCAGCUUCAGAGUCAUCAAGGUGAACAGAGAGUGUGUGCGUGGGCUGUGGGCGGGGCAACAGCAGGAGCUGGUUUUCCUGCGCAACCGUAACCCAGAGCGCGGCAGUAUUCAAAACGCCAAACAGGCCCUGAGGAAUAUGAUCAACUCCUCAUGUGACCAGCCCAUCGGCUACCCCAUCUACGUGUCCCCUCUUACCACCUCAUACGCCGGGGGGCACAGCCAGCUCCGGUCUGUGUGGGGAGGACCAGUCAGCCCACACAACAUUUACACCUGGCUCAUCAGCAGCUGGGACAGGCUUCAGAAAGGUUGUGGUGCUGGCUGUAACAGCGGAGGAAACAUUGAGGACUCAGACUGUGGAGGCGGCUCCGCCUCCAUCUCCACCAACCCAGCCGUUCACACCACCCAGAGUACCCCAGCCUCCAGCCUCCCCCAACCACACAUAACCACUGUCCAGCCCUCCAUGGGUACAGACAACCCUGUAGGUCCAACCCAGAGCUGGCCUCACCACCCCCAACCUCUCCCGUUAGCUCUGCUCAGCCAAUCAGAGGGCAGGAUGGAGGCAGGAUUGCUCACAUCCCUACAGCGUACAUCCUCCAUCCAGGGGCUCCUGGGCCAGCAGCUGUCCAGCUCCCAGCUUUCCUUCAGCGGCUCUGUGGCUCCACCUCCUCUGCCAGGCCCAGAGCGCUUCUGCCCAGCCAGCCUCUUGGAGAACUCGGGGCACAGAGCAGGCCAGCGGGCUGGCCUCGGACAGGGCGGCGGACUACACUAUGAGAGCCACUUUGGCAAGUGGAGUUUUUCAGGCAGAAAGGGCUUUAACGGACCAGCUGCAGUGGAGGGGGAAGGAUUAACAGUCCAGACCAUACGCACACAGCCUACUCCUCCUGCACCCCUACAAGAGGUCAGUCUGACACAAGAUCCUUUGGGAGCUACUCAGACGUUGGAUCCCACCCUGCUGACCGCAGGGGACCCCCCCAUUCCCCGAGAGGAAUCCACAGAGCUGCCUUUACUUGAGCACCUGCGCUGAGUCUGCACUGGGAGACCCCAAGUGACACGCUCUGCAGUGAAAGCACACCGCGGUCGAAUCUGGACCUGGCCCACCCCGCCCAGACCAGACUCAUUCCACCUUCUGGACUCAUUCCAUCAACCCCUCAUCUAACUAACUCAGUGCAAAGCUAGAACGGCCCACUGCAAUACCGGAUGGAUUUGGUUAUGUACACGUUACCCCCUCCUUCUCAGCCAAAGGAGUGAAACAUCUGAUAGCAUGCUGAACUGAUGCACGUCAGAUCAUUUAAAUGAUUUCAGCCAACCUGUUUAUUCCAAAGUCAGCUUUCAUCCCGUUGAUAGACUCAUUCUUAACUUUGUUUUCUGACAACGGCACUCGGUGUCUCUAUGGACAGCCUUUGGGUUGUACUGUAACAGUAGUGACAGGCCAGAAAGGCCAGUGCAAUUAUAAGGGAUAUUUUGCUUGAGGAUUGAUUAUUUUUCUAUACUGGAGAAUAGAGAAUUGCCUCUGACUUUCUCUCACUUGAUAUCUGCAGCAGCAGUUGUUUUUUUUUGUUUGUUUUUUGCAUAACCAAUCAAAAAAAAAAAAAAAAGAUCCUACAGUAUGUUGCUGUAUGUGCAGGGGAAUGAUUUGCGGAAACCAUGAUAAGCCUUGUUUUAUUUCUCCCCAUUUUACCAUCCUCACCGGACCUACAGUUACGUGUCAAACAAUAUUCAAAAAGUACAUAUUGACCAAUUUUACGAGCCUCCGCUGCUUCUUCUUUUUCCCUGCACAUUAUGCAUAUUCAAGUAAAACAAAACCACACCCCACCAAAACGUCAUCUUUGUCCUCUGGCCUGUUUCCCUCAGAGGUGCCUGACUACAUCAACACUCAACAGUUCUGUCUCGGAGCAAGUUUCAGGGAAAAAACAAACUCCCUUCCAUCCCAGCCAACAUGUGGUGCUUUAACCGCUAGUUUACAGUCUAUUUAGGCCUGGACUCCUGAAUCUGACUAGCAACACGGAGAUGUGGGAUGACUUCAGACAGAGCUGGCGGCCAUGGAUCAGGAUCAAGCGGAGGGCGAUUCCAAUCUGUGAAAAUCGUGUUGAUCACAAACCUACAAACUGGGAGUGUUAGAGAUUUAACGCCUUUUUUUUUUUUGGUGAGUGGAAUGUCCUUUUUUUAUUUGACUUGAAGAAUCUCAAGUUCUUCGGUGUGUAAGGUGCACCAGGUUUUUCUUUGGAUGACCGAUCAACGAUGCCCUCUCUGAUCAGAUCCACUCAGCUCAUGACUUUCUCAAUAGAAGGGACCCAGGCUGCUUUGUGUGGGGAGCUGUGUUUUCUUUGCCUGCAGUAUGGCCCCUCCCGUUACUAUACUACUGCUUCUGCAUCUCCUGCUACUACUAAUAUACCCACUACUACUGCUGUUCCUACAACAGUCGAAUCCAGCGUUUUAGUUGGAAACAAAGUUGAAUAAAUACUGAAAGCAAAGGUGGAAUAUUUAUUUGAUUAAUAUUGUCUUACAGAUAUCUUUAACGGGGUUUGUCAAUAUGGUGUGAUGAUGUAUCAAAUUGGAAAUCUGCCUUCUAACUGCACCCCCACCCCUCCCUCAAUUUGUUUGGUGUCAUCACAUUUGUAUCAUCUCACCAAUGGCUGUCUUUUUUUUUUUUUUUAAGUGAGUAAUAUAACUGGAAGUAUUCCUGAGAAGUCACUUUAAGUUGGUUUCUUUCCCACUCCUGCACUCUCUUGUUUUUUCCACCACUGUGAAAAUUAAAAACACUGAUUGAGGGUUCAAGUAGAUCACGUUCAAAAGAAGCUGGCAUUCCGACCAAAUUCAGCCCCGUACAUGUUUCUGCAAGCCGGGUGGCUUUGUAACCACGUGCUGUCUGCGAUAGUUGAAUGAUUCUGAAAUAACCUUGUGCUACAGCGUUAAUCGUUGUGACUGGAGACUGCCUCGUAUGCUAGUUUUCUCACCAAAUUAUCGCCGUGUUCCCCUUUAGGAAACUUGAAAGGAGGCCAGCGUUCUCAGGGUCUAUAAUGGGAAAGAAAUUGACUUCUUCUUCUGCGGGAAGACUUUUUGUUGAAAAGGAAGAAACAUGAAAAGGGGAUACAAGAGUUAGUGUCACGGUGACUAGACAUUUAGGGUCACACUGACGUUGCAAACGACGCCAGGGUUUUACAGCAUUCUGCUCUCUCUGGGUUAAACAUGUUCUGCACACUGCAUGCUGUUAAAGCCACAUAUUUGUGAAAUCACUUUGUCUCUGCAGCGCUGUUUAUUUUGUCCCCUUACAGCAUCUGAGCAGUUUGAAGCUUUUUUUUUUUUUUCUUUUUUGAAAAUCUUUUUAGCAGCCCUAAUGUUUCUGUCAGUCUUGGCUGCGAAGAAGCUGCGACAGGUGCAAAAUGCGUCAGUAUCCCUCUCAAAACACGUUGGUAACUCCCUCGACUCAGGAAAAACAGAGACUUUCUGAUCAGUGCUGUUUUCUGUUUUUCUUUUCUUCUCAUUCUUCUUGUAUCCAAAGCAACAGGGAGUAAUGUUUGUUUGUUUUUUUUGUUGUUUUUUUUAAGUUUUUCUUUGCUGGGAGUGUGGAAAGCACAAGUUAACGGACAGACCUGGGUGUCAAUAAAAAGGGAUUUCUUAAUCUCUGAAAUUAUGUACAGCAUGUUUCGUAUAUAAAUAUAUAUUUAAAAUAUAAAUCUAUUUUAUUAUUAUUGGAUUUUGGGUUCUUUUACAUUUAAGACACUAUGUUGAGGUUUAGGGGAGGGACUCUUGUGUUUACCUAUCAGAGGGGAGAGCUGAGUGAAGAGAGGCACUCUUCACGUUGAAAUGUGCAGUUUGGGAAGAAUCAAUUAAAACUUCUUUUGCACAAGAUGUAUCAUACACCAUCCCACUUUGUUAUCGUUUUAUUAUUUUAGUUAUUUUGGGAGGGGGGUCUUUUAUUUAAGAACUUUAAGUCAAUGUUCAAUGUUCUGUACAGUUUUUUAUGUGAUUUUUUUUUCUCCUCCUAUUUAAAUUAAAGGUUUUUGUGUCAUCGUUUGCAAAUCAA